AUGUAAACUUCAAUCAGUCAAAUCUUUACUUCUAUUGAAUGUGUUAAUCACAAGAAGUAGAUAGAAUUUAUAAAUUUAACGUAUCCUUUAAGGAAAAAUUAGUCAAGAUUAUUAUGUAAAGAUUGUGAUUUUAAUCAUUGUGAAAAUAUAUUUGAAACAAAUGUUGUAAAUGAUUUCUUAGAAAAGAUUUAGAUUUAAUAAUAAUAAUUGCAAAAUAAGUUUGAUAAAAACUAAAAUUUAUUUAGGUAAUUGAAGGAUUCUAUUAAUGAUUAUCUAAAUUCUAUUGAAGAGUUAUUGUUUUAAGAAAAAUAAAACAUAUAAAAUAAUUAAGUUAUAAAACCUGGUAAUUCUUUUGAUUAAUUUCUAAAGUAGAAUUAAAUAAAUAGAGAAUUAAUAAAAAAUAUGAGUGAUGAGCUUUGUGCUUUAAUUUUGUAAGAUUAAAAUUCUUUAAAAUUACAUUCAGAAUAAGUAAAUUUUAAUGAAGAAGGUUUAAUGAAAGUAAAAUAGAAGAUAGAAAAAUUAACAAAAUUUGAAUAAUUUAUGAACUAAGGUGAAAGUUAAAUUAAUUAAUAAUUUUUACAAUCAUAAUCAUAAUUAUAAAUAUAAUAAUCUAUAGUAUCAACAACAUAAUCAUUUGUUAAGACAUAAGUGAAUUAUGUAAAAACUUAUGAAAAAUAGAUUGAUCAAUAAAUAAUUUAUGAUUUAAAGUUUAAUAAUAAGGGAAAUAUUUUUGUGAUUGCAAGUAAUUUAAUAGCUGAUGCAAAUUGUUAUGCUCAGAUUUAUUUCUAAUAAGAUGGUAUUUUUAUACUGAAAUAGAAUUUAGACAUACAUUCUGGAUAUGUCAGUUCUAUUUGUUUUAAUUCAUAAGAUGAUAACUUUUUUACUGCAUGCUAAGAUAAAAAAAUUCGUUUUUGGAAACAAACAAAAUAAAAUAAAUGGAGUUUAGAAUAAGAAUUAAUUGAACUAAAUUCAACUGCUGAUUGUAUUUUAAUGAAUAAUUAGUAAAAUUAUUUGGCAGCUGGAGGUGAAUAUUUAUGUUUUUGGAAAUAAGUAAAUGGAAAAUGGAUAUAUGAUACCUAAUAAAAUAAUUUUGGAUAAAAGAUUGAAACUUUAAGUUUUAAUGAAAGUGAUAAGUUAUUAGCAGUUGCAUAUUAGGAUUAUUUAAUCAAGAUUUUUGAAUAUUAUAAUGAAAAAUGGAUUUAAAGAUUGUAAAUUUAAAAAUAUACAAUGUUACUAAAUUUUUAUAAUUUGAAUGAUUUAAUUGGAAUAUAAAUAAAUGGUUAUUUAAAUUUUUAUGAAUAUGAUAAUUAAAUUUGUGAUUAUUAGAUUAGUGAAAUAGAAUUGAAAUAAUAGAAAGAAAAUUAUGUUGCAUGUUUUUGUUUAAAGAAAAAAUUAUUAGCUUUAUCAUAAAAAGGGAAAGAACCGAUAGAUUUAUUUAUGGUAAAUGAAAAUAGAGUAUCGAAGGUAUUAUAAUAAAUUCCAUGUUAAGGGAAUUAAUUGUUUUUUUCAAAUAAUGGAGAUUAUCUUGCAAUAAUAUCAAACAAAUAAUUAAUCAUUUAUCAAGAUGAAGGAGAAAGAUAUUGA